AAACAACAGAAUGUUUUUGGUGAAAUAAGGCAACGAGGGAUGACAUUUCUAUGUCAUCUCGACAAAUUUUAUUAAUAACCAAGAAAUAAGUUAUCAAAAAUGAGUACCCAAAAAGGUGGAGAUCGAAGAAAACGUGAACAGAAAUAUAAGAAUGAAACUGCGUUUAAGAAUAAUAAAUAUGACUCGAAUUCGAAAGGAAAAUUGUUGAAUCAACUGAAAGUAUCAAAUGUUUGCCAACGAUGCAAGGAAAUUAUCGAAUGGAAAAUCAAAUAUGACAAAUACAAGGCACUGACCGCUCCAAAGAAAUGUGUGCGAUGUUCACAAAAGAAAGUCAAAUACGCUUACCACAUUGCUUGCACUGAAUGUGCACUGAAAGAAAAGGCUUGUGCCAAGUGCAUGACGAACCAUGAUGUUGUUGCCAUGCCUGAACCAGAUAGUGUCCAGAGACAGAAGGAUGAAACACGGUUACGGGAAGGUCUUAAGGCGAUGCCGCUGAGAGAACAGAAAACGUUCUGGCGGCAAGUUGAAAGAGAGCGUCGAUCAGCUGAAGAAGGAAGCGCAACCAAUAGGAUCGCGUCGCUGAGUUCUGAUGGCCAAGCUGGAGUUUCUGCAUCUGUUGGCGAUAAUGAAGAUAAUGCUGAUUCUGAUGAUGACGAAAGUAACUGUGACUCUCACGAUGACACCGACAAUUGAGCUUUUGAUGUAAGGGUGGUGAUCGUGGGAGUAUGAACGAUUUGUGAACAAAAUGCUUUACUCAUGUCCAUAGGUAACUCGAAGUAUUGUAAAUGAGUGCUGGUGGAUUUGAGAAAAGUAUUUGGCAGUCGAAUCAAAAUGCAGAUUUUACUGUAUUUUCUAGCUAGUAUUUGCACUCAUUUCCGUCUUUUAAAUAUUGUUAGAGUCGAUUUUAAAAUAUAUUGGCGUUUCAUGAUGACAUACAGUAUAAUUAUCAGGAUAUGUACCCCUCUAUUUAUCUAUAAAUCUAUUAUUUCUUUUAAUUAUUCCGUUUCUAAGGACACGUGAAAAGAUAGCGUAAGAGAGAUCACAGGUUAGAUGAAAGCAAUCGGAUUAUAAGUAAGGCAUUUCGUAGAAAUUUGUUUUGCUACACUGGCAAAACAGGUGAACAGGUGAAGUCGCGAAAUGGAAGGAAUUGAUGAAGAACAAAUUGAUUAAACUAUCAAUUAAUCAAUCAAUUAAACAACAAAUCAACGAACAUUCAAUUAAUCAAUUAAUAAAUCAAAGCGGGAUUGAGUCAGUGAAAGUCAAAAUUAUACAUUAGAAAAGUUUCUAGUGGUCCAAUAACCACUGAAAUUGAGAAAGACAGAUGAUUAAGGGCGUGGCUCGAGUUUCUCGCCAGAACAGUUUUGCACCAAACGCAUGGCCAUUAUGACUCAAAUUUGAUAAUGAAGUACUCGAAUUCUAUAAAAAGGAACAGAAAAGGGUUGGGUAUUAUUGAAUAAUUAUUAAGAGUGAAGACGUAAAGGUUGGGUGCUAGGUAAAAACAAUGGUGGGGAUUCUUAAAUCAUCUUCGCGUUAACAAUAAAACGAUUCUGUCUUAAUGCGUCACCUUUUAAGGAAAACUUUUUUAUGGUAAACUAAAAGAUACCCAAACUUCUUAAAUACUUGCAUGCCCAACCAAUACUUUGUUUUUGAUAAAAAGAAUUAUGUCAAUCCUUUAUCACUUUAGAUACCCAAGAAAUGAGGACGGGAUUGAUGUUUAAAGAUAGACAGAACCGCAUUAUUUCAUGACCCCCAUACGUCUUGGAUACCCCCAGACCAAUUUCAAUUACCCCUGCUUUUGUGCGCUCUUGUCCCGGCUUUGCAGGAUUCGCAAGGUCACAGUGGCCUGUUACUGUUGAAAGCUUCUACUUUGAAGUAAAUGUGCAAAUUCUUUUAGUGACAAAAAAUUUGAAAUGGCUUUGAAAAAUUAAACAUUUUAAAACAUACUGAAGCUUUUCAUGUGACACUGUUCAGAACAUUAAACGUCAAAAUAAUGAUAUAUUGCAGACAAAACUAUCAGACAAAAAACUUGAAUAAGUUUUAAAAUGUUUUCUUUUUCAAAGCCAUUUUUGAAAACAUCUACUCUACGCCUGUUGUAUGUGCUUCAGGUCCUUUAGCAGGUCAUACUCUUUUGUGCUGUGAAGGUGGAGUUUUCAAAAGCAUUGCAACUUAAAUCCAAUUUAAUAGGCUUGACACAAUUUAGCUAUUUUUCCUGUCUGCAUGGAAUUCUGUUUAGGAAUUAAAAUUUUAAUGUACGGGUGCUUGUUUCGAAGGAGAUGCAUAAUCCGAAAUUCCUUGGUCCAUAAAUAUUUAAUAAGUUUGGUUUUUAGUACAGACCGCCACCUGCCUCUUUGUAUUCGCUCUUCCUGCAGGCUGUAUGCAUUCUGAAAUUUUCCAGUAAACAAAUAGACAUUGUCGAAAGACCAGAUCCUUACAUUUUCUCUGACAUCCUCGCAAACAGCGGAAUACUUGUCAAAUCGUGUAUGAUCUGAUGCAGUGAAUUUGUUGGGGACAAUGUCUUUAGCAAGAGAAGCACCUUUAAACGGCACAGCAUCGACUCGUGUUUUGACAACGAUGCUAAAGACUGUCGUUCAACUAGCAAGCACAACACCAUCACCAUUUCAAAUUGCUAAGAAUGAAUCUUCUGUGGCCAACAAGACGACGUCGGCUCCAAAUGAGUUAAUGACUCGCCGAGGUUUUUUCAUGCACAUGAUUGGAGGUUGGGUUCUUACUGCCAUCUUCAUUUUCGGCAUUUUAUUCAUGGUAGUUACACACUUUCUCGGUCGACGCGAAUGGCGAAAAUACCAGGAAAGACUCGAGGAGGAGCGGGCUGCUGUUAAUCACGUGAUUGUCGACUCAAAGUACAUGAAAUACACAAAGAAAGGAUGGCGGGAAAUUGCGCUUUCAUUAUGAGGCCAGGGAUGUCGGAGAAGGGUUGUGUGUAGCAAACACCCUUUUUGCUCGUUAAUAGGGGGGGUAAUGAAGGCAAAAGUGACCUUGACAUGGUCUUUUGUUGUUUUGAACGAAACUUAAUUGACUUUCUGACGGUAAUUUUUUCCUCACAUUUUUUAAAUGGCGAUAUUACUCAAAACGCAUAAAUGAUUUCUAUGUACCAAAAGCCUUCUCCAAACCUGCCACCACCCCCGUCCUCUAGCCUCUUGGUCGCUCCAAUGUCAAUGCUUUGCGCAGCUAGAAGAAAUCAUCAAGGAGAGACAUUGAAUCAACUGGGUUAAACAAAUGCAAAAUGAUGCAUGGACAAAGUAGUUGCAAAGGAAUUUCACCUUUAUUAUCGAUAUAAAAGCGUUUGAAUUUUAGAGGGAGACGAGGAAAGAGAGAAGCUUUGAAGUUCUUUGGAAGUCUUUCACCAGGGGCUACUUUUACCGAUGUUAAUGAAAGUCAAGAAUGCCCAUUUCUUAUAAUAAAACGAAGAUGAUUCACGAUAAGAUUGUGACGUCAUCGUUGUUUACCUCGCAGCUGUAGUUAAAGCUAUAAGAUCAAGUUAGCAAGUUUUUAAUUAUUGAAAUGAAAUAUUUUUUGCAAAAUCUCCUUAAAAGCCAGAAAAGACAGUGUAUUGGUAUUUUCAUUGCAUUUUCACGAGGCAUAUGUUGGAAACAGGCAGCUGAUACCUCACUCCUAUCCCUGUGUCUAAUGGGCGAUUCCUUUGUAGUGUCUUACUCCGUGUAAUUAUAUUCUGUAACUAUUGAUAAAGAGUUUGUAAAGCGGCUGUAAAUUUUAAUGUAUUAAACCACAUCUAUGUUAAUGGUUUUUAAUUUGACUAUAAUUUGAUGCAGUGUACAUGUAGGUGAAUUAUGGAAUGGAA